CGCCCUUUGAAAGCUAUAAAUUAGCUCCCUCUUCUAAACCAUAAGAAGCAAAAAGAAGUGAAGCAAGCAUGGGAGAAGAGAAAGAGAAUGCAGAAGAGAGGGUGGUUGACAUUAGUCUGAAGGAUCUAUCUAAAAAGCUUGAGGAAUUUGCCAGGGCCAGAGACUGGGAGAGGUACCACAGUCCUAGGAAUCUACUCCUUGCUAUGGUUGGAGAAGUAGGAGAGCUAUCAGAAAUUUUCCAGUGGAGAGGAGAGGUGGACAAAGGGUUGCCAAAUUGGGAGGAAUCAGAUAAGGAGCAUCUUGGAGAAGAACUGUCUGAUGUGCUGUUAUACCUCAUCAGGUUGUCUGAUAUUUGUGGCAUUGAUCUUGGUGAUGCUGCUAGCAAAAAACUUGUUAAGAAUUCAAUCAAAUACCCAGCCAAGGUUUUGUGAGACAACCACCUUUUUCUGCCAGAAUUUUUGUUCUGUUCAGCUUGAAAAAAACAAUUUGAUGCUAUCCUUUGCUUGAGAGAAUUUAGAAUAAACUAUUCUCUUUCCUUUCUGUUUUAGGCCAUUUAACUGUUACUAGCUUAUAAUAGUGCCA